AUGGAUAAAAUAGAUCAACUGACGCCAUCACAGCGGGCGGAGCUUGAAGAUCGUGUUCGAAAUGAGAUGCUGCGGCAGGCGUUUCAGGAUCUCGUACAACGAGUGACGGAAAAGUGCUUUGAGAAGUGCGUGACCAAACCAAGCGCUACGCUGACCUCCGGGGAGCAGACCUGUUUAGCCAAGUGUGUCGAUAGGUACAUUGAGUCCAUGGGAGUUGUUAGCAAGGCUAUGAUAGAGCGACAGCAACGGUCGUAG